AUGGCAACUUCUGCUAUGAAAGCCCCAAAAGGGGCCAUUCAUGAGGCUCUCAAGGCAGUGAAGAUUGCCGUGGUAGGGACGGGUAACGUGGGCUCGUCAACGGCAUAUGGGCUUCUCCUCGGGGGCCUGGCCGCUGAGAUUGUCCUAGUGGACAUCAACAAGCCCAGGGCUGAAGGAGAGGCGAUGGACUUGAGCCACGCUUCGCCCUUCUCACACGCGACUCGUGUUCGGGCAGGAGGCUAUCAGGACUGUGCCGGUGCAUCCGUCGUAGUCAUAGCGGCCGGAAUCAACCAGAAGCCAGGCCAGUCACGAAUGGAUCUAGUUCAUGCGAAUGUUGCCAUUUUCAAGACCAUUAUCCCGGAGAUUGUGCGUUACGCUCCGGACACAAUCCUACUCGUCGCUACAAAUCCUGUCGAUAUCCUCACCUACGUCACGUGGAAGUUAUCAGGCUUUCCAACUCACCGUGUGAUCGGGUCCGGGACGGCCCUUGACACUGCUCGCUUUCGAUUCGAGAUCGGGCGGUAUUACGGCGUGAACCCUGAAAGCGUCCACGCUGAUAUCAUCGGCGAACACGGAGACACGGAGUUGCCGGUCUGGUCACUCUCCAGUAUCUCCGGCAUGCACCUGCCAGAUUAUUGUCGACAUGCUGGGAUUCAGUACGACCAAAAGGCCCUGACGACGUGCUUUACGAACACGAAGAACGCCGCCUACGAAAUCAUCAAGCGGAAGGGGUGGACGAACUACGGCGUCGCGACGGCGCUUACGCGCAUUGUUGAAACCAUCCUUCGGGAUGAAGAUACCCUGCUUCCGGUUUCCAUGGUGGGGAAAUUUGCCGGGGUCGAGGGAGUGGCUUUGAGUGUGCCCUGUAAGGUCACUCGACUUGGUGUGUUCCACACGUUUACGCUUAAGCUGAGCCCGGAAGAGGAGUCCGAGUUGCGAAUGUCUGCCGAGAGUCUUAAAUUGGUGCUUAAACAGGUCGAGCCUCACCUUACGCAGGGGCUGGGACUGUGA